AUGAAUGGAAGCGUCCGCGCCGGCAGCGCCGUCUCCUCGGGCAGCACAUGGGGCGCUGGCAGCACUAUUCCCGUUGGCAGAGGCUCGCGCGUCUGCUCCGACGGCGGAGACCUUCGCGUUCUGGCCGUCCUGGCCGUCCUGGCCACCUCCGCUGCCUUUGCCACCCUUGCCGCCCUUGCCGCCGACAGAGGCCCAGGUGUCAUCUCCGGUGACAGAGACCUGCGUGUCAUGGCCAUCCUGGCCGUCAUGGCCGUCACGGCCGUCCUGGCCGUCCUGGCCGUCCUGGCCACCUCCGCUUCCUUUGACGCCCUUGCCGCCCUUGCCGCCGACAGAGGCCCAGGCGCCGUCUCCGGCGACAGAGACCUCUCCGCCUUGUCCACCGACAGAAGUCAUCCCGUCCUGCCCGCUGGUAGAGACCUGAAUGGCCGGGUGGGCCGAGGCCAGUCCAACAAAGAGAGCAGCGAGAGUGGUGGUGUACUUCAUUUUGGCAGACAGAGAAGAGUCAAGGAAUGA